AAUUCACAAUAAGACAACUGCAUAACAGUAUACUUCUUUAAAAAUAUAUUACUUACUUGAUCUUACUCAAAGUAAGAAAGGAAUAUUUCUCAACAGCUUAGUUUUUUUUAGAAGCUAAUUUGCAAAUACAUAUUGUGUUGCGUUAGAGUGUAACAAUGCGGGUGCUGUACGUAUUUUUAUUGUCCAUUCUCAUCGGAAGCGCUUUUGGAAAGCCAAAUGAUAAGUCUGGAUCAAGUGACGAAGGAAAAGGUGAUGUAUCAAAAAAUAAUGAUUCAUUGAGUAAGGAAGGAAAAACUGAUAAAACAACUACAGAAAAAACAGAUAAUACACUAAGUGAUCAUAAUGAGGAUCACUAUAUGGGAAGUACAGAAUCAUCGAAUACAAGGACAAUGGAUAAUAAUGGUUUGACUGCUGAAGAUAACAUUUUUGAUGUAAGUUCCAGAAAAGAGAAAAAGAACUUAAAUGAUGAAAAUAAUGGUGGAAUGAUUUCUAAGAUGUCCAAUAUGCUUAAAAAGAUCGGAAGAUUUUAAGAUUUUUGCUUAUGAAAUAAAUUCUAUACAAAAUAAAAAAAAGAAAGGGACAUGAGGAAUAACUUCUUAUUGACAUCAUAAUGCAUUCUUAUUAUCUUAGCACUUUAUAUAUAUCUAUGAAAAAACGCACUUAUUUUAAUCUUUAUUAUUAUUAUAUGAGUUAAAUGUAUUAUUUCUUUCCAAACGCAUUGUCUUUUAAAAUCAUAGUACUGUAUUAUUCAAUACUAUAAUAAAAAAAUAAAAUAUUAAACAAUUAAACUA